AUGUCUUCCAGUGUCAUUGUGCGCCUUGCAACCUUUACGACGGCCCUCAUGUCUCCAGUACAUGUGACAGCCCUUGCGCUCGUUACUGCUGCUCCUGCCUUUCCCACACCACACCGCUUCCUCGGCAGAGACGUUAGCACAAUACUGUCGACAUGCGGGUUCCUGAACGGCGAUCCAUCCCGCCCGUGGGUCGCCCCAGCCGGCUACGACUGCCGGGUCGACACGCAGCAUGGCAUCUGGGGCUUCUGCCCGACCACCGUCAUCUCAGCAACCGAUUGCGGACUCGGCGCCUUCUGCUUCGACGCCGGGCCGUGCAGCGAUACGCCCGACCAGACCAUGUAUUCGACGGCCACUUUGAUCUUUGGCCCUGAUCAGUCCUACGACUACGUGGACUGCGCUCGGACCGCGGGCACGGCAACUUACUUUGUCUCUCCGAGGGAUGCCGCCACGGCGGCCUCCACAUUGUCGCCACCAACUUCAGCGGGACAGCUCAGUUCCUCAUCCGCUUCCCCAGAGUCGACCGUGUCGUCACCGGCUCGGAGCACCGCUGCGUCGACAUCUCUGGCAUCUGCCGCAGCGUCCGGAUCCAGGAACACCGACAGCAGCGCCAACCAGCCAGCGGAAACAGGAGCUAACGGCAGCAGCAACAACACGCCCGCAAUUGUCGGAGGAGUCAUCGGUGGACUGGCGCUCAUCGUAUUCUGCGUCAUUGCGGUCGUGUACAUCCUGCGGCGGCACAGCUCAGCUCCCCAACAGAGUGUGCAACACACCCCGGGGAGAAUCUCGCCCGGCGCCGACGUGAAAAGCCCUGCAGCUGGAUGGGGCCCGACAGAGUUGCCGGCAGGGGGUGAACGGACACCGGCUGAGUUGGCCGCGUAUAAUUCGAACCUUGCGCCCACGGUGCUUUCUGUAGAGCUACCUGCCGGCUAUGGGCGGUGA